AUGAAGCUUUCCAUUGGCAUCAUUUUCUGUUUCCUGGUCCUGGGUGUCUGCAGCCAGGGAUGGCCAACAUUCCUUCAGGAAGCUGGUCAAGGGGCUAAAGACAUGUGGAGAGCAUACUCUGACAUGAAAGAAGCCAAUUACAAAAAUUCGGACAAAUACUUCCAUGCUCGGGGGAACUAUGACGCUGCCCAAAGGGGACCUGGGGGCGAAUGGGCUGCUAAAAAGAUCAGUGAUGCCAGAGAGAAUAUUCAGAGAUUCAUGGGCCACGGAGCAGAGGAUUCAUUGGCUGACCAGGCUGCCAACGAAUGGGGUCGGAGUGGCAAAGACCCCAAUCACUUCAGACCUGCCGGCCUGCCUGAUAAGUACUGA